CGAUCGUUCAGCACCGAUUUCAUUCUUCGUUUUCCAACCUCCGUGCUAAAUGCUACCCUUUCAUUCUGUUCAAAAUGGCGUCAGCGUCGAGGGAGCCACACAUAAACAGGUCGUAGAUCUGAUCAAAUCCGGCGGUGACUGCCUAACUCUGACGGUGAUAUCAGUGACACAGCAGGAGGCCGAUCGACUGGAGCCGCAGGAGGAUCAGAGCGGUUACUCCUACAUCGAUUAUUCGGACAAGCGCUCGCUGCCCAUUAGCAUACCGGACUAUGGGAUCGUGAAUCGAAAUGGCGAGCGGUACAUCGUCUUCAAUAUACACAUGGCUGGAAGGCAGCUCUGUUCGCGUCGCUAUCGAGAGUUUGCUAACCUGCACUCGCUGCUGCGCAAGGAGUUUUCCGGCUUUAACUUCCCCAAGCUGCCCGGCAAGUGGCCCUUCCAGCUAAGCGAACAGCAGCUGGACACGAGGCGGCGCGGUCUGGAGCAGUAUCUGGAGAAAGUCUGUGCUGUGCGGGUGAUUGCCGAGAGCGAUGCCGUUCAGGACUUUCUCACCGAUACGGAGGAUGAUAUAUCCGCAUCGCCGGUGGACAUUAAGGUGAUGCUGCCCGAUCACGAAGUUAGCACCGUGUCGGUGAAAAAGUCCUCCAAUGCCCAGGUGGUGUGGGAGAUUCUGGUGCAGCGCGCCAAUCUCACCGCCUACACGCAGCAGUAUUUUUACCUGUUCGAGAUUGUCGAGUACAAUUUUGAGCGAAAGCUGCAGCCGCACGAGAUUCCACAUCAGCUGUACGUGCAGAACUACAGCACGGCCUCAUCCACCUGCCUUUGCGUCCGUCGCUGGCUCUUCUCGGUGGCCAAGGAGCUGACGCUGCCGGACGGCGAACAGGCUGGCCGCUUUAUCUUCUAUCAGGCGGUCGACGAGGUGAAUCGCGGCAAUAUCCGAGCCGAUGGUCGCCUGUAUGAGCUGAAGGCGCUGCAGGACGCCAAGAAAGCGGGCGAUUAUCUGGCCUUGGCCCGCACACUGCCAGGAUACGGAGAUGUCGUCUUUCCCCACUGCUCCUGUGAUAGUCGCAAGGAGGGACACGUUGUGCCCGCCGUGGGCAUGAAGAGCUUUCGGCUGCACGCCUGCCGUGAGGAUGGCUCGCUGGAGGCGCAAAUGGUCGAGCUGACCUGGGACAGCAUUACGCGCUCCGAGAGCGACGAGGAGUCCAUGUCAUUCUGCUUUCAGUACAAUCGUCCAGAUAAGCCAGCACGUUGGGUCAAAGUCUACACGCCAUAUCAUGCAUUCCUUGCGGACUGCUUUGAUCGCAUCAUGGAGGAGCGCAAGUGGGAAGACAGCGGCGACUAGGGAAGGCGGAAGGUGCUGCAGGAGGAGCAGACCCAGGAGCAGGAGCACGAGCAGGAGUCAGUGGAGCAGAAGGAGCUGAAAGAGCAGCAGCGACGGCGUCGACGGCAGGAGGGGCAGACUAAACAACCCAGUUCCAUACCGAGCAUCACCAGGCGGGCCGAGGCAUUGCACAUUGUUCGUUAGUGGUUCGUUGGUGGGGGAAACCGAACUGCCGAAUACUCCGCCUUUGAGCCCACAUAACACAUCUCCUUCGGUUAGCUUGCCAUAUUCCGGCUGGUCAGUUGUCGGGCCUCCGGAAGAAUCUGUGCACUCAGAUUCGUACUGGCCCACGGCUGCACCGAAUGCCUCACCCACAUAUAUUGUAAAGUAUAUUUGGCACUGAUAUAUAUAUAUAUAUACAUUUAUAUAAUUUGUACAUUCACAAGCAAUUGCAAUCGCCUUGGCUCUCGAUGCUCCAAUUCGGGGAUGCGGAUGGGAUGAAAUGGGAUGGGAUGGUCGUCUGGUCCGGUGGUUGGACGAAGUUGGAAAAUGUUAACAGCAGCAACAAAAAUGUUUCAAAUGUUUUCGGCACUUAGCACAUAGAGCAAACACAGGCACCAAUUUAGAUCAAGCAGAACCGACGAUUCUCAUUAUACAAUAUAGAUAUAUAUAUAUAUAUAUAAAUAUAUAUUACACACCACUCACAGACAUGCGUACAUUAUAAACAAAACAAAAGAAAACAAAACCAACAAACAAACAAACAAAAAUAUAUAAAAGAGUAUAUUUAAGCCAACCUCAGCGUAAUAUUUAAUUCGUACUUUUCCAAAUACCCUUUGUUCCGUUUGUGUUUGUAUAUUUUUUGCUCAUAGGAAAGCAGCGGCUAAGGGAGAUCUUUGAAAAAUGAAUUGUAAAAAGUCAAUUUUAAUUAUACACAAAUAUACAUCAUAUAUAUAUACACAUAUAUACAUAAAUGUUUAGCAAACAAAUCAACAGACAUUGAUCAUUUAUUUAUUUAUAUGUACGUAGGAAGGCCCAGAUCGAAAUCAAAUGAAACGCUUGAAAUCAGACAUCAGAGAUCAGUAAACAGAGAUCAGAAAUCAGAAAUCGGAAAUCAGAAAUCAAAGAUGAUCAGCAAUGAGCAAAAGAAAAGCGGGUUGGCACCAAGCAAAUGCUAAACGAAACAACAAUAUAACUAAUGCGAUGAAAUGUUGAAAAUAUUGUACUCAUUCGAAACUUUCUAUAGAAAUUGUUAGUUAAAUAUAAGGUAACGUUAAUAGUUAUUGAACAAAUGCAAAAGCGAGACUCAAAACUCAAAACUAAUGAAGCAACUCAACUAAUGCCAACUCAAAGGCGAACUCAAAAGUAACGUAGAAAGAGACGGCAGGCGGGCGCCAGAAAGAGAGGCACAACACAAAUAGCAAAAGCGCUGAGCUUUCCUUCACGCCGGAAAACCACAAGGAAAAUCACAUUAGAAAAAUCCCCAGACCUAAGCAACCUAAACAAUUUCACACGAUUUAAGGCAGAACAUAAUUACACAUCCGCAUAAUUAUAGAAUGGCAUAUAGGCAUACAUUUAUCAACGAUGCAAGUGACGUCUGCUUGUGAUAUUUACAAUUUACACGAUUAUUAUGAUUAAUUUUAUAUAUAUAUAUUUAAUUUAAUUGAUUCCAUAUCUCUUUCGUAUCUGUAUUGGAUUUGUUAAUCUCUCGAUGUGCGUAGACCACGUAAUGUAUUUAUUAUGUUUAGUUAUAGUCCUAUGAUAAUGUGAAUUUACAAUUAUGUUUAUUAUUAUUACUCUCUCGUUUUCCUUCUUAUUUUUUUUUUGUUCUCUUUUUUUUUUGGCCAUUUACAUGUAGCAAGCGCUUAGUUUAGAUUUGUGUGUAUUCCAUAUAAUAAUUAAUAAUACUAUGCAACUAAAAACGCUCUCUCGUUGUUUAUUUGAUUAUACUUUCUGUGUCUCGUGGCUGUUGAGCAAACAAAAGUGUUGGGCGUCUCAAAUAGAAGCCACAUAUAUCGAGCAAAGUAUAUACGCUAACAAGAAGAUGCAUUCCAUAAUAAGUACGAUAGAACGAUAAAUUAUCAAUGUUUUCUAAACACAUUUAAUACGACAACAACACAGCUCGGCGAACAUAAGCUAGAUGAAAAAUUGAAAAUAAAUAAAUGCGUAUGUGAACUGGAAGAUUCAUCAAAACGUUUAAGUGUACAACUAAACUAAAUGAACAAAUUUAACAAAUUUAUCGAAAACAAGCAUAAUAAAAGCAAAUUGCAUUUUUCCC